AUGAUUUCACUUCGCGCUCGGGCCGUGUUCAAUCCUCUCCGCUGCAUCAGAAGAAGAGUCAACCCGAUGAAACACCGCAAACGGGACCUUUCCAAACUGAGCUACUUCCACGUGCCCGGGAAGGAGCCGCUUCUGACCUGGACUGUGGGAGACGUGAUUGACAGAGCGACCGACUUAUUCGGGGACACCACAGCGGCGGUUUACACUCACCAGAACAUCAGCAAGACAUACACGGAAUACAAGAAAGACGUAGACCUACUAGCUGCAAGCCUGGUGUCUCUCAAACUUCCGGUGGGUUCCAGGGUCGCCAUAGUGGCUCCAAAGGUUUACGAAGUGGCACAGCUACUGUUUGCCGCCUCUAAGGCGGGACUUGUUAUGGUUGGCAUCAACUCAUUCUGCACGCUUUCCGAGCUUGAGUAUUGCUUGAAUAAGGCAGAAUGUGCGGCUGUGAUCCUUGGAGAAGAAUUUGGCUCUGUAAGUUUCUACGAGAUGUUGCUUAAAAUUGCACCAGAACUAGAGAAGUCGACGCCGGGAAUGUUGAAGAGCGAAAGGCUACCGUUCUUGAAGCACGUGAUCACCACAGGCGACACCCGGAAGCCCGGCAGUAUGACUUUCGACGACAUGAUGAAUUCUGCGACGGCUGAAGACCACGCCACUAUGCAUUCUGUGUCUGGAAAAGUGCAGUUCGACCAAGACGCUUUCAUCCAGUAUUCAUCGGGUACAACGGGGCUGCAGAAAGCAGCUCGCCUCUCUCACUUCAACGUUGUCAACAAUGCCAACACCGUAGGCCGCGUGCUUGGAUACCAUCAACAGCGUGAAACCAUCUACGUCAGCGGAGACUUGAUCUACGGAUUUGGACGCACAUUGGGCGCUUUGGCUGCCGCGAUGUUCGGGUCUACCCUAGUGCACCCGGGAGCGGCGUUCGGACCAAGAGUGGCACUGGAUGCCAUAGGAAAGCACAGAUGCACGACGAUCUACGGUUCAACACCUCUUUUCUACUCAUUGUUUGGUCAUCUUGACGAAGGAGCAUACGACGUGUCUUCCAUUAGAAAAGCAGCCAUGGCCGGCUCCUUAGCCACUCCUGCAAUUGUGGAAAUGAUUAGAACAAGGAUGAACGCCCCAAGUAUAUACAUCUUGUUCGGUUCCUCCGAGACCAGUCCUGCCUUCAGCAGCACGAAUCCUGACGAACCCACAGACCUUUGGAUUCGGACGGUUGGAACGCCGCUGGAUCACGUUGAGGUGAAGGUCGUGGACGCCGAAGGAAGGAUUGUUCCCGUGAACACGAGAGGAGAGAUAUGCACCCGAGGCCCCCAUGUCUUCAAGGGCUACCUGAACGACGACACCCAGACGAAGGAGGCCAUUCGAGACGGCUGGUAUCACACUGGGGACGAGGGGACCAUGAGCGAGGACGGUCGAAUUUCAUUUGUGGGCCGCACCAAGGAGAUGAUCAACCACAGGGGUUUGAAAGUGCCGCCACUGGAAGUCGAGAAUGUCCUGAACACGCACCCCCACAUUCAGGAGGCGCAGGUUUUUGGAGUACCGGACGAAGAAGUUACAGAAAAAGUGUGCGCGUGGAUCAAACUGGAACCAGAAAAAUCCUUAACCCAAGACGACAUCAAAGACUUUUGCAGAGAAAAAGAGCUGCCCUGGUUCAAGGCUCCGGAACACGUGAUGUUCGUGGAUUUCUUCCCGAAGACACCGAACGGGAAGAUUCAGAAGCUCAAAAUGCGAGAGGAGACGGUGCGACUCCUCAACCUGUAA